GGGCUGGCAGCAGCCUGUCCCAUCACCUGGCAGUUGGGGGUCCCGCGCAGCUCGGGGCUCCUGCGUCAACGCAUGCGCUUCCCGAGCCGAACCCGGUGACGUCGGGUGGGAGCCGCGCGCCGGGCAGAGCCGCAGGGCAGGUGGCAGCUCGGGGGUGCUUAAAAACCUGCAAGGAUGGAAGCUCUGUGGCAAGGGAUGGGCGCUGUUUGGAGAGCGCGAGUUGCGGGAUCUCUUUCCGUCAUGGUUGCCUGAUGUUUUUGGCCUGUGAGCUGGGUGGGCAGUGGCCGGUCUGUCUGCAGGCUGUCAUCCAGCACUUCUAUUGAACCAAGGGCAUGGCUGGAAUCAAGGGUUCAGGGACUCUUCCUGGCAGUUAUGCAGUUAGAGUUGCACCAAAACAGUAUCUUCUUCAAAACAAGAACUUGAUGUGGAUCCAGUUCUCACUAGGCACUGAUUUGCACACUGUUUUUCAGAGUUAUGGCAACAUGCCUUUGGUAUCCAUUUCAGAUGAACCAGACACAUUAUACAGGAGACUGUCAGUUUUAGUUAAAGGCCAUGACAAAGCUGUGUUGGACAGUUAUGAAUACUUUGCAGUGCUUGCUGCUGAAGAACUUGGACUCUCUAUUGAAAAAGUGUAUGAACCUCCUAGGAAGAUAGAACGAAUGACUCUUCUAAAAUCGGUACACGUUUACAAGAAGCAUAGAGUUCAGUAUGAAAUGAGGACAUAUUACAGAUGUCUAGAACUAAAACACUUAACUGGCAGUACAGCUAAUGUUUACUUGGAAUACAUCCAACGAAACUUACCUGAAGGGGUUGCCAUGGAAGUAAAAAAGACCAAAAUAGAAAAGCUACCUGAACAUAUUCAGAAACCAAUAUGGGGGACACUGCCUCAAGUAGAAGAAACUGUAAAUGAGUCAUGAAUUCUUCAUAUACUUCAGCUCUUCCCAGUCUCUGUUGGUAUGGGAAGGUCAAUUAUUUUUUUAUCUAAACUUAACAUUAAUAUUUCAUAGGACUGCAAAUCCUGUUUUGAUUUACAAACAUAAUAUAAAACCAUGAUGAAGAUAGAGAUGUCCAUGUCAGCCCGUGUGAAAUUAUUUUGGAUCCUAGCUCCAGGAACAUGUUUUUGACCAACAGCUUAUCAUGCAUUGUCUUGUUCUCUUAAGUUAAUCAAAGUUUUGUAUAUUAAAAAACAAAAGACUUGAGCUAUGUGUUCUACAGAAUCCAUUCCAUUCAUCAUCUUGCUUGAAUAGUCUCCUGUGUGAGGGGGUACAUUUCUCUUAUACUUAGUAUUUAGCAAGGUAUUGAAAAAAUGAGAGAACUUCAUCAACUCUUAAAUGUUGGUAUCUUCACUUGAGCAAUUGUAAAUGUGAGACUUGAAUGUCUGUAUUUCUAGAGGAGAAAUCAGCAACAGAAAGGCUAUUUCUGCAGUGCAACUUCUUUAUUUCUAUUCUUUGCACAGUUCUUGACAAGAUAUGCAGGUGAUCCCAUCUUUUGAAUAUCUCAAGCAAAAUGAUAACACCCAGGAAGUAACAAUUCAGCAAAAAUGUAGUCUUAUUAGAAUGAUUAAGAGCAAACUCUUGCUGUUUGCUACAGUUCUUAUAAAUAAACUGCACUUCAAA